GUUAAUCGAGGGGACUGGUUAUGAAAGCCGGCGAACUUCAAAGGACCGGCCUAUUGUUUGGGUUUUGAGGUUGAGAUGCACCGUCACGUGACAUUGACCGAACAUCUAAAAACAACAUGGCGGACGCGUGUGAUGACAUGUUCUUCUUUGGAGACGAUUUAGAGGCAAUUUUAGGAGUUUUAGAAGAAGAAGAAGACCUUGAUGAGCACUUCAGAGAAGCAGCUGCUGAUGUUCACCCACUGAGCGUCACUUGCCCUCAUUGUCCAAAGAAAUGCAAGAGUAAGAGCGGACUGAAACGUCACAUCACUGUUAAACACAAAGAUAAAACAGAAGAAACAGAAGAAACUGAGACAGACAAACCAGAAAAUCGAGAUCUAUUAACUGUGGAAACGUAUGCAAGCAUCGUUGGCAAUGCUAAAGUGAAACUUAGAGACAGCAAAAUUUAUCCAAAGGUAAACAGAGACGAGAUAUGGUCCUACAACUGCAACACUCUACAAUCUUCAACACCUAAAUUUUCUGAAAUUCAGGGGCUUUAUAUUCAAUUGGCAAAGUCUGGAAAUGCAGAGAGGUUUUAUGCAGCCUUUUACGCUAGCAUAGUCUUGCAUGCUUCGAGCCAUUUUGUAGGAUUAUCAAGAAACUCUGCUACAUUACUUUGUUCAAAAGUGGCCGACUGCCUUUUAACACAUAGCAAAGAAAAAGCAGAAACUCACACAUGUGAACCAUUGACGAAAUUAUCUGAUAAAGAGAAGUCAGGGUUACAGUAUAUUGGAGGUUAUGUACUACAUAAGCUACAUAACAAGCACAAACAAGCAAGUAAAACACUAGAAAAUGACCACGCAAUCUCACUGAUAAUGGCUGGGAAAUGGGACAAUCCUAUUGGUGAAGAUCAGAGAUUGACUACAACAUUGAAUCGAGGUGGACUGUGGAAGAUCACAAGAAAUGCUCAGUCUGUUUUUGAAAGAACUGAACACUAUUUCAGGGAAGCUACACGUAAAACCAGUCUGAAAAACAUUCCUUUAGCUAAUAUUAUUUCAAGAUCAAUGCAUGAUGUAACUGUUGUCGCAUCUCACUCUGCCAUGUUAGCCGACUCUGAAGUUGAGAUUAGUAGCCAUGUUGCCAAAGAUGUUCUCCACAAUAUUAUUAGUUUGUAUGUUAGAGUUCGUUCUUUUUCAUUUGUGAAGGACGUUAUUCAAAAACACAAAAUUAGAUUGAAACAACUGAAAUCAAAAGCUCUUCGCAAGGACAUCAAUAGGUCAUCAACAGACUAAUUACUGUAAUAUUCUUUAAAUUCCCAAAACAAAUAGACUUUUCUGUAAAUUUAAUGUUCCUGUUUUAUUUAAAAAAUAUCAUAAUAAGUUUGACUGACGCUGUGCCUAGAAUAUGUAUUUCAGGAAUUAUGCUACAAAUAUUCAAGUAGAAAUACAAAGGAGGCAAAUGUUUGAAAGUCAGUCCUUAUGUAUUAUAUUAUUAAAACUUAUAUUAAAUUAUUAAAGCACAAUUGUUAAAACCAA